AUGGCUCCACCACCACUCAGCUUUAAAAAUGCUUCCUUCAGCAAUUUUAGUGCAUUCUCCACCGCGGCAUCGCCACUAAGGAACUCGUUCACUCUAUCAUGUCGGUCCCCGAUCACACCAACACAUGGAGGCAGGCCGACGAGCUCAACCCCGAGGCAUGGAUCGUUCCUGGAACCGCCAAGGCCAUUCUCAGGCCUGGUAGCAAAAAGUGGACUGUCGACAGUAAUAGGGGAGGGUAAAUACGUCUACGAUGAAGACGACGAGAGUGCCUCGAUAGACUCACCAACUGAUCAAACAUGGUUCUUGCCACAUUCGCCGGGGCUGCCGCCGCCACCAGCACUUGCCCAGCUUGAUGAAGGCAAGCUUGGUGUCUUGUCCGCCAUCAAUAUAAUUGUGGGCAAGACUAUGGGCGUCGGCGCCUACUCUGUGCCCUCGGCGAUUUUCAGCGGUGUUGGAUCCGUCGGCAUGACACUAUUGCUCUGGGUCAUUGGCAGCCUCAUCUCAUUCUGCGGGCUGGCGGUGUACCUUGACCUUGGCACAGCAAUACCACGCUCGGGAGGCGAGAAGGUGUACCUGGAGCGAAUCUUCCGGAAGCCUUACAUGCUGGCCACAUGCAUGUUCAUGUCCUAUGGCGUUCUGCUGGGCUUCUCGACGCCCAAUGCAAUCGUGCUUGGCGAGUAUGCCCUGUAUGCGACGGGUACCGAGGCAAACAGGUGGAAUGUCCGGCUCAUUGCGGUCCUCGCUGUGUCUUCACUGUGCUACAUCCACGCGCGUGCUCCCAACACGGGGCUGAAACUAAUCAACACCCUCGGGGUGGCAAAAAUGUUAAUCCUGGUCAUUGUGGUGGUAUCAGGGAUCGCAGGUGGGAUCAUGGGCGUCGGCGCCGACCGAGAAUCUACCAUCGAGGGGAGGAGGAUCGACCUGGCCAUGAAUGGCAACGCGCCGUCGUCGUCGGCACAGCGAAACUUCAGCAACAUCUGGGAGGGCACGUCGACGCAGCCGUACGACUACGCGACGGCGCUGCUGAAGGUCAUCUACUGCUUCCGCGGCUACAGCACGGCCAACCAGGUGCUCAGCGACGUGAGGAACCCGGUUCGGACGCUCAAGAUCGCCGCCCCCGCCGCGCUCGCCUUCGUGAGCGUCGCGUACCUCGCCAUCAACGUCGCCUUCUUCCUCGUGGUCGACAAGGACGAGUUCCGCUCGGCCGGCGUCGUCGUCGCCGGCACCUUCUUCCGCAAGGUCUUUGGCGACGGGCUCGGCGAGCACGUCCUGCCGCUGUUCGUCGUCGUCUCCGCCGCGGGCAACAUCGCCGCCACCAGCUUCGCCCAGGCGAGGGUCAACGAGGAGCUGGCCAAGCAGGGCGUCCUGCCGCGCUUCUGGCUGACCGUGGACCGGAGCGCCGAGGUGGCUGCCGACCGGUCAUCCAGCCCGAGCAAGGCCCGCGGCCGCGCAGGGUCGCCCAGGAGGGAUGGCGCCUCGCGCACCCCUUCGCGAGGCUUGCUGCUCCACUGGCUUGUCUCCGUGGCGGUGAUUGUCCUCCCGCCGCCGGGGAAGAUCUACAACUUCCUGGUCGACAUCGGUGGAUACCCCGUGUCGGUCAUCAGCGUCGCAGUGUCGCUCGGGCUCCUCCACCUCCACAACUCGCCCAGCGAGCGCUGGGUCACGCCUUGCAGGGCGCCGCGGAUCGCGAUCCUGGUGUCUGCCGCGAGCAACAUCCUCCUUCUCGUGCUGCCCUGGGUACCAUCGCACAACGGCAUGGGCGAGGACGACCAGUUCCCCUAUUUCACUUACCCCGCCACCAGCCUGGGCGUGCUGGGCCUCGGUGUGUUGUAUUGGUUCUGGUGGAGGACGACAGACAGAGCGGGUGCGGAGCACCCGAGGGCAGGGCGUUCCUUAAUGCCCAACAGCGAGGAGGCGCUUGGUGGGUUGUACCACGGCCUCGGCGAGAAUGACUCGGGAGCACUCACCAUCCGAGUGGCAGAGGGUGACGACGAGGACAACGAUGCUGAUGACCGCAGCGAGACGGUCGUGGGCGAGGAAGAGAAGCUGCACAAGUCCUUUGAGAUGGUUGACGUCAGCGGACGGGAUGUCUGCGGCUGCCCUGCUUGCCCUGCGGUCAGAAAGAGGCCACGAUGCGGGUGCGAUGCUUGCCCUUCGAGGGGCCAUGAAAAUUUAUGA